GCGAAAUGCCACCACCGCUGAACUUUUAGCAGAGGAAGGGAAAAAAAGCAGAGAGAAAUCAAGCUGGGGAAAGCUUAAAAUUAGAGCGACAGAGCAUCCCCAGGCAAUAAUUGAGCAGACAAAACCUUCCUAAUCACUGCCCUAAACAUGUGUUCCGUGGAGUAUUAUAUGAGGAGCCCAAGGUAAUCGAUCCAAGUGGAUGCUCAUGAUGGUGGAGAGCCCGGGCCCUCUGGCCUUCGCUUGCCCUCCUUCCUCCCCCCACAUGCCCUGCCUCGCCCUGCCCUGAUUGAUUGAUUGCUUCGUGUGACGCUUUCCUCUUUCCCUGGUUCGAUCCAUCCAAGAAGUCGUCUCAAGCUUGAGGAUUCCUUUGUUCUUCUCCUUAGAUUGGAAAUAUUUGCUGCCCCUGUUCAUCUUGUAGAAAGAAUUGGAUUUCCCUUCAUGCCAAAUCUAGCCCGAAGAAUUAGAGUAGCCGCAUUGGCGAGGCAAACACAAGAAGCUCGGCAGCAAUGGCGGAGCAGGCGGCGGUCGCCGGGAGGUACUGGUGCCACAUGUGCGCCGUGGCGGUGAGCCCCGCGGAGGGCGAGGUGGAGAUCAAGUGCCCGCACUGCCACAGUGGCUUCCUCGAGGAGAUGGAGACCGCCCGCAGCGCCGCAGCGCCCGACGACGGCGACGGCGGGGAGCCUUACGUGUAUCCCGGCGCCGAGCGGCCGAGCUCCAUCUGGGCGCACGCCGUCCUCAACACGGUCGACAGCUCCGUCCGCCGCCGCCGCUACCGGAGGCAACCGGAGGCCGGCGACAUCCAGGACUGGGAGGAGCACGAGUUCACGAGGCGCCGGCGGCGCGUCACCGCGUUCCUGCGGCUCCUGCACGAGCUCCGUGAGCGCCAGCUCCAGCGCCUGGAGUCCGCCGCCGGGCUCGACGGCGAUCAACUGACCCCUUUUGGCCGGAGCCUCUUCAUCGGCGGCGGCGCCGGCGAGCAGGGCGUUGCGCUGGGCGACUACCUCGGCCCGGGCCUGGACGCCCUGGUGCAGCAGCUGGCCGAGGGCGACGCGGGGCGGCACGGUACGCCGCCGGCCACGAAGGAGGCCAUCGAGGCGAUGCCGACUGUGGAGGUUGACGGCGGCUACGGCGUCGACGCGGCCAGCUGCCCGGUCUGCCUGGAGGACUACGCGGCCGGCCAGCGCGCCCGGGAGAUGCCCUGCAGGCACAGGUUCCACGGCAAGUGCAUCGUGCCGUGGCUCGAGAUGCACAGCUCCUGCCCCGUAUGCCGAUUCCAGCUGCCGGCCGACGACGACAACAAGAGCUCAUGCGGCAGUGGUGGCGGUGGCUAUGUCAGUGUCAAUGGUGAUCACGAUGGCAAUGACAAUGGCAGUGCGGGUGACAGGGCAGACAGAGCGGGCAAUGCCGAGCCGGAGCGCAACGCUGGUGCACAGGCCGAAGAGAACAGUAGGCGGUUGCCAGCGUCGAUACAGUGGCUCAACAGCUUGUUCUCCUCAUCGGCUCCGGCAUCCGGCGGCAGCAGCAGCAGCUCGCAGCAUUGGGAGGACUGAAUUUUGGAAGCUGCUUGGGCCGCCUGUUGCCAGUGUAUACAGGGAACCUUUGUUUUUUCUAUGUUAGUUUUGCUCUUGUAAUAUUCAGUGAUACAGUUAUUAUGGUUGUAAAAAGAACAGAUAUUGGCAAGUGUAUGAAAUUGCCAAUUGCGUGGAUUGGGUGCUAA